AAUGGCGACGCAUACUUGCCGUCCCAUCAUAGUUGGAUGCGACUAAGCAGAGGUUUCAUCAAAACAUGAAGGAAUUAUUUAUUAUCAGGUGACAGCAACCGCGUGGCCAAUUUUCAAAGGAAAUUAUGUUGAAAAAGAAUUCACAAGAACGAAAAUGGCAUGAUUGGCCGACGCUGUGCUCUCAUCGCUUUGGGCGGUCUUUUGAUUCUUGUCCUUAGCGUCAAUGUAUAUUUUAUUCGAAUGAUUGUAGAGAGCUCGUCGCACAAAACUUCUUCUAAAGGCAUGCCUAUCUCGCAAUUAAAGCCGGAACAGGAACAGUUAAUAUCCCAAGCGGAACAAAAUUUACAAGUUUCGCAAAAAUCAGUUGCGAAAGAUAUGAUAAAAAAGAUUAAAGAGGAGAUACAGAUAUUACCGUCAAGAUAUUUUAAGCAAAAUACUAGCUACGUAAUAGUAUUGGAAAGAUUAUUUACUGAAUUAAGGAUAAUGCCUAAUGCUGUUCAAAAAAAUAUAUGGAGUAUACCUAACAAUAAUUGGCCUGACGCCCAUCAGUUAAUACCACCGGUUGCGCCUGAAUUAGGAACAAUUUUAGAUAUCUUGCGUAAAUCGAAAGUGAUGCGUGCAGAUAACGCACCACUUGGUACGCAAUUGAAAUUGAUGCUAACUUUAGAACACGGGACGAAGGCGAUGUUCAAGCCUCAAUGGUAUUCUAGGGACGCUAUUAUUCGAGGACCUGUUUAUCAUGGAAAAGAUCGACACAAUGCCGAAGUAGUAGCGUUCUAUUUAUCUUCCUUAUUGGCCUUAAGAAGAGUGCCGCUUACUGUUAUAAGAAAACUUGACUUAAGGAAUGAAAUUCGGCCUCGUGCAACUCCUGAACUUUAUGCUACUAUGUAUCAAGAUGGUAAUGAUACUUGUUUGUAUGGUGUUUGUCAUUAUUGCUCUCCCGUGGAUCCAGUGUGUGGAGUAGGAGAUAUUUUAGAAGGUGCUUUAAUUUCUUGGUUACCACGAUAUCUAAGACUUGUAAAACAUCGUCAUCCAUGGCAAAGGACAUAUAAAAAAAACAAACUUGCAGCAUGGGAAAUAGAUGAUAACUAUUGUGAAAAAGUGAAAGAUACUAAAGCAUAUUCUCCGCAAUCGUCGAGCAGACUUUUAGACUUAGUAGAUACUGCGAUUUUUGACUUUUUGAUGGAUAAUGGUGAUCGCCAUCAUUACGAAUUAGCACAGAAUAAUUUUCAUAACCCAGCUGUGUUGUUAAUCGAUAAUGGGAAAAGUCUUGGAAAUCCUGAUAUAGAUCAUUUUGAUAUUUUAGCACCUUUGUAUCAGUGUUGUAUGAUUCACAAAACUACAUGGGAUCGUUUGAAAUUAUUUAGUGGUGGUUCAUUAAGCAUAGCUCUUGCAAGACUUGCUGCUCAUGAAUCCGUAAUGGCCGGUGUUCAACCCCUUGUUACAGAAGCUCAUUUAAGUGCCAUGGAUAGAAGAUUACUUACUAUUUAUGCAGUUGUAGAAUAUUGUUUGAAAAAUAAGAAGUAUGCUUCCAACGUUAUAUUAGACCAUCGGUAGCCUAUAUAUAUAUUUUAUCCAAUAUUUAAUGUGUACUUUAAUGCCUAAGAUGUUAGGAACACAUUCAUAUUUUAUAAAUGAUAUAGGUGCAAACGAUACUUUUUUAAUGUCAUUCCAGUAAAGUUCGUUGAAAUUUAAGACUUAGCAAAAUAUCGCUGGACUAUUUAUAUUUACUACUUAAUACUCUUAUUACUUCAUAUGUUAUUAUACACAAGUACAGUGUGUGUAUAUCUUUGAUCUAAAUAAAACAGCUUUGCCUAUGUAAUUU